UCUUCCGUCUUCCUCCAUCUCUCCACACGCGGUAAAACGUCGUCUACUUUUUAUAUUGUUCUCAUGUUAAGUUAAAAUUUAAUUUAUUUUUUAAUAAUAAAUUGUGUAAUAUUUUUUUAUUUAUUUAAGAAAGAAUGUUGCUAGGUACAGUGUGUCUUUAAAAUUAGUUUCAUUUUAGAUCUAUAAAUUAUGACUGAAUGUAAUCUUCAGCAUUAUAAAAAGGAAGAAACUUUUUGCUAUCCACCUUGGUGUUCAGUGUGUGAGAGAGGUCCACAGAGAAGGCGUUCAAUUAGCGAAACUAAUGAACCCUGUAGAAGAAAAAGUAAAGAACUAAAAACCCUUAUUCCAAAAAAAUACAACCGGAGUCAAGAGUAUGAAAACAUGGAGUUUGAGUAUGAAUGUAAGGGCCAAUGGCAAGAAAAAGACAUGAGAUACGAGUUUACUAGAAUAAGAUCUAAUCUUUGUGAGUUACCUACAUCCUAUAUAUCAAACAACUGUCAAGUUUCCAGUAAUGUGACAAAUCCAAAAAUAUCCAAUGAGCUAAGUAGUUUUGAUUGCAUGAAAACUUUCAACGUUUAUGAAAGUCCAAUAAAAUUUACAAAGGUCAAUGAUCAAAUUGAAAAUUUAGGUGAUAUGCAAGGAAAGCCCAGGAUCCAAAAGAAGCAGGAUUCUAAAUGUUCACUUAGAGGUGGUAACUCAUAUGUAAAGAGCCCUUUGUUAGACCAAUUCCAUAGCAGAAGCGAAUUAAUGAGCAACUACACCAUGACCAGAGUAAGGCCUGAACCAAACAAUUCUACAUGCUCUGAAUUUUGCUCAUUAUCAGAUUUUAAAUUACACAAUAUCCCUGGUUUAAAACCAGUUUGUUUUGAAACUAGCACUUAUUUUAAUAAAAAUGAUGAUGUCUUAAAUAUAUCUGAGAGACAUGCUAGGGAAAUGAAUCGAUUAAGAGAACAAUUAAUGUCCCUAAGAAGUGCACCUUUUAGUCAAAUAGGAAACUUAAAUGAAUCGGAAACUAGCUCAAGUGCCAAUAAAUCUAUACUUAGAAAUUCCAAUAUUCUUGUCUCAAAAGUUAUUCUUCCAAAUCAAAAAAGUCUAGAAAAUAAGGUUGUGCUAAUAAAUGAAAGUAGAAGCAAGCUUUUAAAGAAAUUAUCUGAUGAAACAGACCCUCCAGUAAAAGUUAAUAAGAGUAAAAUAUCUUUGAAAACAAGAGCAAAAGUGAAUUCUGCAAAGUUAAAAUUGAAAACUAAACCAAAAGCUGUUUCCACCAUUUCCACAAGUUCCAACCUUACAGAAAGUGAUGAAUGUGGUUCUGAUAGUGAAAAUGAAACAAAUUUAGAUGAAGUUGAUAAUGUAAGUGAACCAUCUUCUACAGAUGAAAGCAAUAAAGACCCUUCAGAACCUACGCUAUCUAUAGGACCACCCGAAACAGUUUACACUGGCAAUGCUGAUUGGUGUUGGUAUUCAUGGUAUACAAAGUCACGUUCUGGGGAUUCGAUAUAUUGGAUGCUUAGGCCCAGCCUAUUUCCAAACAUUCCGCCUUACAUACGUUUUAAUGCUCACGAUUAUGAAGGAGACGUCAAAUUUCCGUAUACAAAAAAAUUUUUAAAGUGGAAACUCAGCACGAUAACGCCGCUAAUAGUAAGAAAAACCCUCCAAAAUUCCGGGUUUGUCCUUGUUCGAAGUGAGUUUUGCAGAGAAUCAAAUACGUGGCUAGGAACAUGGGGUAAACACAUGAAAUCGCCUCUCUUUAAAACUUUAAGAGAAACUCAAAAACUCAAUCAUUUCCCUGGUACAUUUCAAUUAGGAAGAAAAGACAGAUUAUGGAGGAACUUCCAAAGGAUGAUGUUAAAAUUCGGUGUUAAAGAGUUUGGUUUUUUACCUCAUACAUAUAUUCUACCUCAGGAAAUGAAGUUACUAAAACAAUGUUGGGAAUAUAAAAUUAAUAGUGCAGGAACUAGUGACAUGUGGAUAAUUAAACCUCCUGCUUCUGCUCGCGGUGUUGGCAUAAAAGUGAUUAACAAAUUAUCUCAGAUUCCAAAGAAAAGCUCUUUAGUGGUACAAAAAUACAUUUCCAAUCCAUUUUUAAUAAACGGAAGUAAAUUCGAUUUAAGACUGUAUGUUUUGGUUACGAGCUUCCAUCCUUUAAUAAUUUACUUAUAUCCAGAGGGUUUAGCAAGGUUUGCCAGUGCGAAAUACAGUGCAGAUGUUAAAGAUUUAAAAGAUAGGUAUAUGCAUUUAACAAAUUAUAGUAUAAAUAAAUUAUCCAGCCAGUAUACUGCCAAUGAAGAUUUCAAUUCUUGCGAAGGACAUAAAUGGACAAUCACAAAACUACUGGAAGUGCUGCAAAAUCAAAAUGUAGAUACGAAGAUCCUUUGGAAGAGUUUGCAGCAAUUAGUUAUAAAAACAAUACUAGCAUGUGAGUCACCAGUGGUACAAUUGUGCGAAGAAAAUAUGUUGAGUAGAUAUAAUUGUUAUGAACUUUUCGGAAUUGACGUACUUCUAGAUGAAAAAUUAAAGCCUUGGUUGUUAGAGGUGAACAUCUCUCCGAGCCUUCACAGUGCCUCACCUUUGGACGCUCACGUGAAAGGCCCAAUAGUCCAUACACUUUUUAAUAUGGCCCAAUUCCAUCUACCCCCUAGGAUGAAGUUGCAUAUGGAAGGUGAAGCUCCUGACGUUUUAGAUGCCAGAGUGUACAGUACUACAUUGAAUAAGAGAGAACAAAGAAAACAUUCCCAUUUUGAGCAAUUAGAAAGCAGGAAUGAAUACCUCGACGACAUUCUCAAGAGCUUAACUGGUGACGAUAUCAGGCACUUAACGAGAUACGAAGACGAAUUAUCAGUAAAAGGCAAAUUCGAGAGGAUUUUCCCGUGCCAACAGUCUUAUAAGUACUUGCAGUUUAUGGAGCCAAGGUAUUACAAUAGGUUAUUUGACGCUUGGGAGACGAAAUAUGGCCAGCACAGAGAAGAAGGUAUAACUGUUCUUCAGCAUUUAUGUGAUCAAAAACUUCAUUUGAAAGUACCGCUUUUAAACAAAAAUUUGCCGAAUACGAUCCCUUCAGAUAUGAAUCCACCACCGUCCAAGAUGGAAGCCGGUCUUCCCAUAGAUAAAAUAAAAAUACAAACAACAAUCGAGAACCAAACAUCUCUAGCCGUUUAGUUAAGGAAUAACUAGGAAAAUAUUAGUGAAUAACGCCACGACUGCCAUCGUUAAUAUGAUUAACUUAUUAAAUGUGGUUGAACACAUAAAAAAUUAAGUUGUAAAUUUUAAGUAAAUGUAUCUGUUAAAUUAAAUUUUCGUACAAAUUAUCUCUGCAUUUAUUGUACAAAUUUCAUUUUAUCCUUUUUAUUAAGUUAUUUAAAUUGGUAAUAAAUAAACAUAAAUUCGUAUAA